CCGGAUGUUCGCCUCAACGUGUCGAGGGGAGAUUCACGUGUGAGAUUUUGGACUUCUUGCUAAAUUCUCGAGUUGGAGAGAAUUCAAAUAAUUUUCCAGCGUAUACCUGCAGUGAGGCGUCAUGGGUCGUAAGUUGGAUCCCACCAACAAGGUGAAAAGAGGGCCGGGAAAGAAGGCCAAAAAGCAACAGGGGGCAGAGACUGAGCUGGCAAAAUUUCUGGCUGAUGAGGAUGGUGGACCGAAACGUUUGUCCAGCAGAGGAAGGAAAAGGGCUGCAAAAAGAACCCAAGCCCCUACGAAACCUAAAAGUGUUGCAGAGAAGCCGCCAAAGAAAGGAUUCUCUGAUGAGAACAGUAAAUGGUUGAAACCAGCCAAGAGGAAGCACAAGCUGGAUGAGCCUGAUAGUGACAGUGAUGAGCACUGGGAGGAAGAGGAGGAUGAUGAAGAGGAGGAGGUGGAGAUGCAGCAGCCGCUUGUGAAGAAGAAGGAAAAAACAGAGCAGAAGAAAAAAACUAAAUUACUGGAAGAUGAGGACGAAGAACAGGAUGAUGAUGACGACGAUGACGACGAAGAAAUGGUUGACGACUAUGGCACAAUGGAGGUUGGCAGUGACGAAGAGGCAGCGGAGGAAGAGGAUGGAGAUGAGCUCUUACCGAUCGAGCGGGCGGCUCAGAAAGACAAGAAGAUGAAGAAAACGUUGGAUCUGGACAGUGAUGAGGGCAGCGACGAUGAUGACGAUGAUGAUGAUGAUGAUGAUGAUGAGGAUAAGAAAUCUGCUGAUGAAGAGGAAGACACUCUGCAAACCAACAUAGAAGAUGAGGAUAAAUUCAGGCUUCCUAAAGCAGAAGAGCAAGAAAAAGAGGGGCUGCUGCCGAUUGACCUGAAGACGAUCCACCAGAGAAUCAAGGACAACAUCGACGUCCUCUGCAACUUCUCCACAAAGCGGGAGGAGGGGAAAGAGCGAGCAGAGUACAUCUCUCUCCUGAAGAAAGAUCUCUGCACCUACUACAGCUACAACCUCUACCUCAUCGACAAACUCCUGGACCUGUUCCCGCUGUCCGAGCUUGUUGAAUUCCUGGAGGCAAAUGAAAUUCAGAGGCCCGUCACCAUCAGGACCAACACGCUGAAAACCAGGAGGCGAGACCUGGCUCAGGCUUUGAUCAACAGAGGCGUCAACCUGGAUCCUCUCGGGAAAUGGUCCAAAGUGGGUUUGGUCAUCUACGACUCCUCUGUCCCUGUUGGUGCGACUCCCGAGUACCUGUCGGGUCAGUACAUGCUGCAGGGAGCCUCCAGCUUCCUGCCUGUCAUGGCUCUGUCUCCCCAGGAGGGGGAGUUGGUGCUGGACAUGAGCUCAGCACCUGGUGGAAAGACCACUUAUAUUGCUCAGUUAAUGAGAAACACUGGAAUGAUAGUGGCCAACGACGCAAACGCUGAAAGACUGAAGAGUGUGGUGGGCAACAUCCACCGUCUCGGGGUCACCAACACCAUCGUCUGCAACUAUGAUGGACGACAAUUCCCUAAGGUGAUGGGCGGGUUUGACCGGGUUCUGCUCGAUGCACCGUGUUCAGGAACCGGUGUCAUCUCUAAAGACCCUGCUGUGAAGACCAGCAAGGACGAUGCUGACAUCCUGCGAUCAGCUCACCUGCAGAAGGAGCUGUUAGUGUCUGCCAUCGACUCUGUCAAUGCUGACUCGACAUCUGGAGGUUACCUGGUCUACUGCACCUGCUCUAUCAUGGUGGAGGAGAAUGAAUGGGUGGUGGACUACGCGCUAAAGAAACGAAAUGUGAAAUUGGUCCCAACUGGACUUGAUUUUGGCAAAGAAGGUUUCACUAGGUUCAAAGAACGAAGAUUCCAUCCCACUCUCAAGCUCACAAGACGAUUUUAUCCCCAUUCUCACAACAUGGAUGGGUUUUUCGUUGCUAAAUUUAAGAAGUUCUCCAAUGUCAUUCCCUCAACAACAGAAAAGAAAGUGGAAGAGGAGGUUCCAGCAGGUGAUGAAGAAGUUGAGGCAGAUCCUACAGAAGCAUCAAAGAGUGAUAAGAAGAAGAAGACCGGAUCUGUUAAAGUCCAAACAAACGGCACCCCCGGAAAGAAGCCGGCAACAGUCCAGCAGAAAGGCAAAAAAGACUCACCACCGCCCUCUAAAAAGGCCAAGGUGGAAACAGAGACUGCGAAGAAGCCCGUGGGUGAGAAAAUGACAGGCAGCAAGUUUGAGAAGAAGCAAUCCAAAAACCGUAAAACGCCGAUGAAAGCCAAGAAGAGGAUGGGAAAGAAUAAAUUUAAAAAGCUGAAGUUGAUGCUGAAGAGACAGGAAGGGCGGGACCAUGUGUAGUUGAAGGUGUAAGAUUGUGUGACAUGUUUUGUUUUUCUUAUUGUGUUGUUUCUCAAAUACGAACUAGACUUUUGUGAGGAUGUCACAGCUUUUAUAUUUGUAUAAGAGAAUAUUCAUGAUUUAUUGAUCCAUGCAACAACGUCAAUAAGUCUGAGACAAAAUAAAUGUUUUAAGAUACAUUCGAUGUCAG